CUUUCCGUUGAGUUAGUAGACUGUGAAGGAAAUGUUUAGUGUUGCUGUGGAAUUAUUUCAGGAACAAACGAAAAAUCCAACAGGACAUUUGGGGGGAUUUAAAAGUACAGUUUAAUCGGCACACUGAGCUGGGCCUCAGCCGAGGACUACAUAUUUCCCAGCAUUCCUCGCUUCACCGCAGCUCUUCUUGCGGGUUGUUUUAAAACAUGGAGGAGAGGGAAAGGAAGUGUGUUAAGUCAGAUAGUAAGGAGACAAUAUCAACACCGGAGGAUAAACCGAAGGCCGAAAGCAAAGCCGGGGACGAUGACGCAGAUAAAUUAAAUGUCUGCUCCGAUAGCUUUGACCCGCUGCUGGCCUUGUACUCUCCAACCGUGCAGCUUCCAGUUCCAAACAUCAAGAGCUUCAACAAUGUGGCAGAGUACGAGAGCUUUCUGAAGGGAGGCCGGGGCAGAGCCAAGCCGGAGAAUGUGGAGAAAAGGCGGCGGGAGGCGAUGAAGGGAGUGGCGGACCCGGAGCGCAUCGAGAGGCUGAAGAAGCUCAUGGUGAACAACCCGGUGGCCGAGUCAGAGGAGGGGGAGAGCAGCGGAGCUCCGCAGAGGAGGAGGAGGCAGCAGAAACCCCAGAAAAAUGUCCUGACCAGGAUGCCCUUGUGUAAAGGGAGUCCUCUGGGGGAGCUGUACCGCUGCGUUGAGGAGAGGAUAAGAGUCAAAGUUCACAUCCGGACCUUUAAAGGGCUGAGGGGUGUCUGCUCUGGCUUUGUCGUGGCCUUCGACAAGUUCUGGAACAUGGCCAUGGUGGAUGUGGAUGAGACAUACAGAGAGCCUCUGCUUGGAGAGGCCGUCUACCAUGAGAAAGCCCUCACUAUUACCCGGCUGUUUGAGAAGCUGACUCUCCAGAGAAGCUCGGGAGGUGACGGGCCAGUGAACACGGAGAAAGCCGGCGGUCGUCCGCCCGCGUAUCACAAAACCGCUCCGAAGAGUUGCUCCGCUCAACCCACCGGUGUGAGAGGGGACGGCGAGACGGCGAAGGCCGAGCUGUCCGAAGCUGUUCAAACCGAACGGGACAAACACAAACUCUCAGUGCAGGCUCGAGGUUCACAGACUCGUCAGACGUACGGGAAGGUUCACACACGCCACAUAAACCAGCUGUUCAUCCGCGGCGAGAACGUGGUCCUGGUUAACCCGCAGCCUCUCUGAUAGUCGUUUCCUGUGCGACACUCGCCAAGGACAAAAAAAAAAAAAGCAUCUGUAUUUAAUGGGUGUGAAACACGGCCAGAGAGAUCGGUCAGAUUUAAUUAGAUUCGAGUGAAUCGCACACAGACGGCUCUUGUAUCAUAUUGAUAUGGAGGAUUCUCUCUGGCCACUAGAGAAAUGAUAUUGCUUGGGAGGAAUAAAAGCUUCUUAGUUGUGA